UUUCAGUUCCCUUGACUUUGCUAAACACUGACGUGUUUUUGUGUACGCCUGCUUCAAAUAUUUGUUUUUCUAUUGUUAAAGCGUAAUAAACUAUAUAGACAACACAUUACAGUGCAAUCUAACAUUAAUUUCUAAAAACUAAACCUAUUCACAAUGCUGAAAGCCGUAAUUCUAAUUGGAGGACCGCAAAAAGGUACUCGCUUCCGCCCCCUCUCUCUGGACACACCAAAGCCCCUGUUCCCGAUAGCAGGCUUCCCUCUGAUCCAGCACCAUAUAGAAGCAUGUGUGAAACUGGAGGAAUGCAAGGAGAUCCUCAUCAUUGGGUCGUACACCACCAAUACCAUGGCACAGUUUGUCAAUGAUAUGCAGAAGGAGUAUCAUGUUAUUAUCAGAUACCUUCAAGAGUUCACCCCGCUGGGCACUGGCGGUGGUCUCUACCACUUCAGGGACCAAGUCCGAGCGGGCAAUCCUUCAGCAUUCUUCCUGCUCAACGGAGAUGUUUGUGCUGACUUCCCGCUCAAGGAGCUGUGGAAUUUCCAUGCAGAAAAAGCUAAUGCUUUAGUCACAAUAAUGGGCACAGAAGCGACCCGUCAGCAGUCAGUCCACUACGGCUGCAUGGUGCGGGAAGGCUCCACGAAGUCAGUGACCCACUACGUGGAGAAGCCGAACAGCUAUGUGUCCACUCUCAUCAACUGUGGGGUGUAUGUGUGUUCGCUACAAGUCUUCCACACUAUGGCUGACUCGUUCCAGAAGAAACAGGAUGGGUUUUAUAGUGGUAACGGCCAAACCAGUCCUCAUCCUGGCUACAUGUCCUUUGAGCAAGAUGUGCUGAUGCAGCUUGCUGGGACCAACAAGCUGUAUGCUAUGCAGGUAACUAACUGGUGGUCCCAAGUGAAGACGGCAGGUUCAGCGAUAUACGCCAACCGUCACUACUUAGAGCUCCACCGCGAUCGGAUGUCCAAGGAUAAGCCCUGCACCAUACUGCCUGAUGUCUUCGUACAUCCCACCGCUGUUGUCGACUCUACUGCUGUUAUCGGGCCGAACGUGUCUAUCGGCGCCGGAGUGACGAUAAAGGCAGGUGUGCGGAUCAAGGAGUCGAUCGUACUGAACAACGCCACGGUACAUGAGCACGCGCUUGUUAUGUACUCUGUCGUCGGCCAAGAAGCGUCAGUAGGAGAGUGGUCCAGAGUGGAAGGUACACCUUCAGAUCCGGACCCGAACAAACCAUUCGCGAAGAUGGACAACACGCCGCUUUUCAACACCGAUGGGAGGUUGAACCCAUCCAUUACUAUAUUGGGUGCUGGAGUAGUCGUCCCGGCAGAAACAAUCCUCCUAAACUCAAUAGUGUUGCCACAUAAACAUCUAACAAGGAGUUUUAAACACGAAAUUAUUUUAUAGUGUCAUCUGGCAACAUUGGUUCGAAUGAACAGACCACAGAUACAAAAUUAUUGUAAUGACUAGAAAAUGUUUGAUACAAAAAGUCUAAGAUAUGUAGCUUUCUUUAAAAUAAUGACAAUGAAAGAGAUCGACUUGCAGCAAGAGCUAUUGUGCCUAUAAUCAACGCUUAGGACAUAAUGCAGCGUGAGGUGUAGUCUAGAUAGCACAUUCAUCUAAUUUUUUUUAACCCUUUGUAUGUUUGGAACCUCGAUCCACGCGAAACACAAUGUGUUUUUUAUUGUUGUCUUAUAUGCAGCAUACGAGAGGUUAAUACGUUGCCCCACACUAGUAUUUUCUCCUGUAUCGUGCGUGGUUUAUUUACAAACAUACAAGUUCACAUACAAAUUACACCCAGACUCGAACCAAUUAUUUGUGGAACACAGAAAGAGUUGCUCCGUGCAGGAAUCGAACCCGCUACACGUUGCACGGCAGCCAGUUGCCCAGGCACCGCAUAAGAGUACGCGGGCCGUCCACUGGGACUCGUCAAUUCCAGACUGUAUUCAUUUUCGAUCUCUUUGACUGAAUAUUGGUGUUACAUUGUUCUCACAUAAUUGAACCAACAAAAAAAUAUAACUAAGAAUUGUAUUGUGAACCUGAUUGAAAAAGAGUAACCUAUGGAGUUUCUUGCUCGUUCUUUUCCAUAGGAAUAUAAACUUUGGACCGAGUAGAUAGCUUCACUAGAGGAAAAUUUUGUUUCUUUUUUUUAUAUUGUAAUAUUUGCUUUCAAAAAUGCCUUCCCGGUCUAUUUGUAAUAAAUAAUUUUGACUAAUACGGGCUCUUAUAUACCUACGUAAAUAGCAAGCGAUCUUUAUAAAUGUAAUAUUUUAAGAAACUACUAUCUUAGGGUUUUUGUAUGCCAGUUCAUUGAAGCCUAAGAUUUUAUAUGCUUAUAUUAUGUAUCCUAAUAUAUAAAUAAGUUCUUAUUUAUAAGUUGUAAAUUAAGAAUGGAAAACAUAUUUUUGUUAAGCUACUAUUGAUCUUAAUUGACCAAUGUAUUGAAAACUAUUUAUUUAAUUUACACGUACAUCACAGUUCACUGAAAUAAACUAUUUGGUUAGUUAAAAGUAAGACCAACAUUUAUUUGAAUAAAUAUGUUUAUUCAAAAGAAUGCUAUUUUGUAAAAUUCUCAGUGACGUUUCCAGUUUUUUGAUCACAUAACCACCAUUGAGCAAGCGCGGUGAUUAAGCAUGCUUUUCCACCAGAGAUGUGCUAUGUAGCUAUGCUACAAAGAUGUAAUAGCUAAGCUGUGAAACUAUGUGACCGUUUCCACUGAUAUUAAGCUAUGUAGCUGUAAGUAGUAAGAUGUUCUACGAAGAUGCGCCGCCGGGAAGUAGCUGUGCGCGGAAAAUGCGCACCUCGAGUAUGUAUCGAUAGUAGAGAAGUCAUUCAUAUCACGCAUGUUUCCAUAUAAAAACAUAGCUUAGCUGAAUCCAUUUCCACCAGUGCUAAACUAUGUGUACCUAUGAAUAUGAUUGGUGGAUGCCAAACGCAUCGUAGCAUAUACGUAGCAUAGCACAUCUCUGGUGAAAAGCCUUAUGCUCAUACCUUCUCCGUGUCACAAGAGGUUUUUAGUCAGUAGUGGCCACUUAUAGGUUGAUUGUUGAUGUGACAUCCAAAAAAUUAUCCCCCUAAUCUAUACAGUCGAGUGUUAAAAAAUACUAACGUAGUAAAAGUUAAAAAUGGUCACCCAUCCAGAUAUAGACCUCGGCAAGUAUGACUUAACCAAUAAACAAUAAAGCUAUUACUACAAGUUACGUAGCAACAAAAACAUUUUUUCGUUGACAUUGAAUUCGCAUUCGCAUUCACUUUCUUACAUUUUUUUUUUUUUUGUCAAUUUUAGCUCAAAAGCCAUUGUACCUUGUCCAUCGACUUUUUCUCAGUCGCCACAGAUUAAAACCUUCGUUCUUGUUCCUGCUUCCGAUUUCCUGACGAAGCUCACGUACUUAUACAAAUGAGAAAGAAGUGUAAUUACUUAAAUACAGCGUUUGAGACGGGAAAAGUGUUCUUUUUCUAAAGAAAAAACUAUUCUGGAACCUAUUGUCUAGUAAUAGGCUUGAUCUCCUAUUAUUGUUUAUUUUUUCAUUAGCCACAAAACUUCCACUGCUAAAUGUAGGCCCAAAUGACCGUCGGUCUGAGUCAGUCACAUUGUAAGCAACUUGCAUCUAGUGGCUUUUUGCGACCCUUACGGUACUUUUCCACCAGAGGUGUGUUAUGCUACGUUGAAGUCCACCAAUCAUAUUUAUUGGUCCACACAGCAUAGCAAUUGAGGAAAUAGACUCAGCUAAGUUAUGUUUUUUAUAUGGCAAGAUACGUGCUAAAGAUGGCUUCUCUAAUAUCGAUAUACGUACUCGAGCUGUGCAUCUUCCUCGCACAGUUACAUUGUUUAGUAUCAGUGGAACGGUUACAGUUUCACAGCUUAGCUAUUACAUCUUCGUAACAUUAUUAAUUACAUAGCACAUCUCUGGUGAAAAAGCAUCCAUAUCAGGUCGUCUACCCUUGUGGGAUUUAUUUCUUUUAAUUUCCUAGAAAUUAGUUUCACUAAAUAGACCAAAGCGUUAAGUCAAAUAAAUACAUUACGUAAACUAAUUUUCAAAAACAAAUUGUUUAAUAUUUGUCUAUUCACAUUAAUCUUUACACUAAGAGACAAUAAAACAAACACACAAUGUAAUAUAAUUUUAUAUUAAGUUUUAUAUUGUAUGCGCGUGAGUUUACUACUUAGGCUCUUUUUUUAUAAGGUGGAAAAAUUAUCCAAUGACUUCUCCCGGCUUGGACGAGGCGAGAGGGAGUAUCAGACUUACUGACUAAAAACCACCCCGUUCCUACUCCUGCUUUUCGAGCCGGAGCCUCGGUAAACCCGCUAGGUACUCCGCAGCUCCGACUAUGUAAGGCUCUGGAUCACUACUGAUGAUAGGACCUACGAUCAUAAGUCAGUCCUUUCCUUGAGAAAAUCAUACUUUGUUAAAUACAUAGUUGGUAAACUCACGCGCAGGCUACACGUAUGUGUAAUAUUGUGUAUCUAUGUAACAUAUUUGUUAAGAUUUGGUGCUUUAAAUAAAUGAUAUGAGCACAU